CACUGCUUAACAAGUUGUUUAUAUUUUGUAAAUUCUGAUUUUUUGCCAUUUAAAGCAAAUAAUAUGGCAGAAUCGACUGAAAGCGAACUGGUCAAUGCCAGCUGCAAGUACUGCCAGCUUAAAAUAGACGAUGACAACUAUCUGGAGUGCGAGAAUUGCGAUGAACUGGUGCACAUCAAAUGUCUGCACACGAGCACGCCUGGCGAUUUGUUUGGCGACAUUUACUUUGAUUUCACGUGCAUAAAGUGUGCGGAGGAGCAGCUGAAGCAGCAGGGUGCUCCCUACACGCACAAUGAGGUGAAGGAGCGUUGUGAGCGCCAGAAGAUACCCUGGCUAAUGGUGCUCACACUGACGCUGUACAAUUUGUCGCACAAGCAAAAGGGCUUGGGCCAUCACGGAUUCUUCCACUGGCGCACGCACAUCAUAAGCUUUGUGGAUCGCAAUUGGCACUACAUAUUCGGUCCGAAUGCGCGGCGUCGCAAAAAGUGGACUGGCAGCGUUUCGGGCACUCUCUCCCACAACAGCCCCAAGUACUUCUUGUCGGGCAUGGAACAGUUCAAUGAAACUGGCUGGUGGAAGCUGGCUCAGCCAAAUCAAACACCCAGAAGCACCAAGCGUGAAUACGAGAAAAAGCUGGAAGAGCGCGUGGCUAUGCGAUUUGAUAAACGUUCUUUCAUAGGCGAUGAAAACAGCGGCGACAGUGAGGUGGAUGUGACUGAUAAUAGUGGUGCAGCCAGCGAGGCGCAGCGAAUUAUGCCGGAGAAGAUUCUCGCUGUGGCAGAGGUGCCAGCAGCUGCCAGCGAAGGCUGUGCGCGGUCUAUUCCCUACAUGGGUCGCGAGCCCCGAAAGCCACCGGCAGAACCCGCUUUAAACCAUCAGGAAGCAGCUCUGCCGCCCGCCACGCUCGUGCCACAGGACACCCCACCGAACGCUACACCUAAGCAGGAGGAGCAGUUGAAAUCCCCACAGCAGCCGCUGAGCAGCGUGCAGGCCAGCCUCAUGGACUUUCUGGCCGAGAGUUUUGGCGGCGACGAUCUCAGCAUGUUUAGCAGUUUGCCGGGCAUAAUGCCUCCACCGCUGAUUGGAGCUGGCAAAUCCGAUUUCUUUAUGACGGAAGCAUUGCUGGAGUCGCCCUCUACCAGCGGGGGUCUGUUCGACAUGGACACAAGCUUUGGCAUGCCAGAGACCAGCGAGGAAGUGAAGCAAGCGCCCCUUGUCAAGGAGGACGUGCCAGCAGCUGAGGCGAGCGCAGAGAGCGAGGAAGAGGCAGCAGAAGAGCAAAAGGCAACGGAGGAGAAGGAGCUGCAAGCCAGCUCCAACCAGCAGCCGCGCAUAGUGGAAGUCACCAAUUACCAGCCGCGCGAGCAGAGUGAGAAAAUCAAACAGGAACCCAUGGAGGAGGAGCUGGAGGAGAGCGGUGAACCGCAGCAGACUGAUUCCCCGCUGUUGGGGCCCUGCAAGCCGAGUGGAUUCAUCCGCCAACCGCGUCGCAAUUGGCCCUGGCUGCAGGAGACCCAAAACUCCGAUGAAGUGUCGCUGCCCAACGAGAAUCUCGCGCUAAUGAGCGUGCACGAGGAGCAGCAACUGCAUCAGCGGCUGCACAAGAUCUUCGCGCUGGAGCAGCAGUGCCAACUAAGCAUUCCCGCCUACGUGCGUCGCCUCUACCGCAAGCUGUGCCUGCGCAAAUGGAAGCGAGAGCACAACAGACCCAUCUUCAACCUGGACGAGCACAUAGAUGCCACGGCCAGGGUGCAGCAGGCACACAUACUGGAUCGCUUUCACCUGCUCGCGCACUCGCAGCAGCACCCCAAGAGUUCGUUCUAUGCGCGGCUGACGGGCUCCACGCAGUACGAAAUGUUCGAGUCGCCGUACACGCAGCGCGUCCUCCAUCCGUUCAUCUUUCGCAGCGAGACAAUGGGCCCACCGUGGCUGAAGCUCAUGUGCGAGCUGCAGCAUCGCGUGAAUCGCUGCCAUCCCGCCCGCUCGCCCAUUGACUUUUGCUACGUGCGACCGCAGCAUAUACCAGCAGUUAAUGCGCUGCUUCAGAGCUCCUUCUGGCCGAACAUUGAUGUCAGCGAAUGUCUCAGCUAUCCGGACUACAGCGUGGUGGCCCUCUACAAGAAGCUCGUCAUUGGCUGUGGCUUUCUCGUGCCCGAUGUCGGCUACAACGAGGCGUACAUCUCCUUCAUGGCUGUGCGCCCGAACUGGCAGCGCAGUGGCAUAGCCAGCUUCAUGCUUUACCAUCUCAUACAGACCUGCAUGUCCAAGGACAUCACGCUGCACGUGUCCGCCAGCAAUUCCGCGGUGAUGUUGUACCAAAAGUUUGGCUUUAAAAUUGAGGAAAUUAUCGUCGACUUUUAUGACAAAUACUUGCCACUAAACUCAAAGCAGAGCAGGAAUGCGCUGUUUCUGCGUUUGCUCAGAUAAAUAGAUUCAAAUUUUAAAUGGAAAUCGA